AUGUCUUCGGGUAUCACUAUCACUAAGAAGGAAACUGCGAAGGAAAAGGUGAAGAAGGCGAUAGAUGAUGAGGAGUUUGAAGAAUUUCCAGUCCAAGAAUGGGCAGAGAAAGCUGAAGAUGGAGAUGAUGAUGAAGUAAAUGUAUGGGAAGAUAAUUGGGAUGAUGAAACUCAUGAAAGUGAUUUUUCCAAGCAACUCAAGGAGGAGCUGUCGAAAAGUGGUCAAAUUGUCCAAUAA